GUUCUGCCAGUCACAUUCUGUUAGAGGUCCCCAAAGGACACAUCCCUGGGACGUGUUUUUUAAUACAUUUUGACGACCACACUGCAGGAACACCACUAGGAGUAGCGACCUCGACUUUGAAUUUAAUUUAAUUUAACCUUUAUUUAACUAGGCAAGUCAGAUGAUGGCUUUUGAAAGCACUGAAAAUAAGUAUUGUAUUAAUAACAUAGCCUUCUAUCAAUAGCCUACUAUCAGUCAUGGAAGAAGACUGCUAUAAGGUUCACUUAAUGCAAAAUGUGUAUAGCCCUAUAAUGCAUAUAGCCCUAUAAUGCGUAUAGCCCUAUAAUGCAUAUAGCCCUAUAAUGUGUAUAGCCCUAUAAUGCGUAUAGCCCUAUAAUGUGUAUAGCCCUAUAAUGCGUAUAGCCCUAUAAUGCGCAUAGCCCUAUAAUAAGCCAACUAGAGGUAGUCAUUCUGUAGAGGUGAGAUGUUUACAUUGUGUGCAAGCAGCAUAUAGCAUAGCCAUAGUAUAGGGCUAUAGAUUUUGUAGAAUGGCUGCAGAUCAAUGGACUAGUGGUAAAUGAUGACCAAAUGAAUUCAUUUCCAGAGGGGGAACAAUUAGAAUGUAAUUUGUUAUUUAACCAGGAAGUUGAGAGAUAAUAAAACAGUGUAUAGUUAGUCUCAGAUAGGCCUUGUGUCAGAAAUGUGAUAACAUGAAAUGCCUAAUAUCGCAUUAUAUCUUCGUAUAUCCAAACACCUUUAUAUCACCAACUUUAGCCUACUAUUCAGUGAAGGACAUAGGCCACCUUUUGGAAGUCUCAACAUUUAUUUUUCGUACUUAGCCUGUAGGCAAUUGUGUAACUUUUUAUUGUUUUUUUAUUGUGUAACUUAAUAUGCCCCAUGAGGUGAAGGAGCUCCUCAUAAUAACAAAAAAUGCCGCAUCAUCCCGCGGAUAGGUUACCACGGGAACGAACCACCACCAACACAGUCACCGUGGGUGGCCGCCUGGCCGGUCAGUGUUUUGGGUUGGUGACUCGGCUAUGGGUGCGUCCAAUCUCCUUUCUACUGAAGUAGAAAAGGUUCACUACUCGUUCACUACUUCCCACAAAUCUAAAAGCACUGGAUUGGUGGAGGAUGGGAUAGAGGGAGAGUUUCUAUAAGUAUUCAUUAAAGGACUGUGUGGGUAUAGGCUAAACAUAACCAACAGUAUAUGUAUUAGUAAUUUCCUUUCAAAUCAGUGAAGGGUAGUGAACAAGUAAACACUUUGGGAGAAAUGAGAGAUAAACAGGGCCGCUUGGUUGGUGAGGGUGGCGGGGACGUGCCCCAUGCAUGCCCGGUCUAGCUGGCUUGUUGUAGCAACCACGGUUGCCACGGGGAAGGGGCUGAAUGAAACAGCUCUGCUGUGAUGGUAGGAUGGAGACCCAUAACAUAAUCAUCAUCACACAGAAUAGGCGACGAGGAAUGGAGACAUUCAAUGUACUUGGGAAUGAAAUCUCUCCGGGAGACGCACUACCGGGUCCGUCACACAACGAGACCGUUUGGAGCUUGUCACCUUCACCGGGCACCGGACCCUCACCUGUAUCCGAGCUCUCCUUCAGCCUAAAGAGCCUCCGAUGCCACGACGGCGCCGACACCCCGCGCAGAAAGCUGCGACUGACGCCGGAGCUAGUGACUCCCAGUCCCCCUGGGCCCACGCCGGGUUCGACUUGUGGCAGAGGGCUUGCCCCCCAGGGAGACGAGACGCCGACAGGUAAUGUCCUAACAGACUCCGGGAACAGGAGAAGGGGAGAGAGGUUUCUCUCCCCUGCAUGUUCUGCUCCCAAAAUGAAGCGUCUGCGUGUGAAGCUGUCGACCCGGUUCUGCAGCGCUGCAGUUCAGAGGUCAGACCCAGGGGUCAGGGGUCUCAGAUGUCAAGGUCAGAGUUCCCCGCCAGGAGGCGGAGCCUUGCGUGUCUGUCAGGGUGAUGUGGAGCUGCCAGAUGUUGAGGCAUUGCUCUCUGUACGGCGGGUCAGGGCCAGGAGGCGGCAUUUCCCUCCCAGUAGCCUCCUGGGUUCUACCAUGGAGGACCACACCCUGACAGGAGAUUACAGCAAGCCACUACUGUUACCAGUAGAGAGAGUGGAACACCAGGAUCUUCACUGCGUCUCAGCCCAAACAGUGGCGUCUCUGCUAAGAGGACAGUACAGCGGUACAGUGGGAGACUUCCUCAUCAUAGACUGUCGCUACCCUUAUGAGUACCACGGUGGACACAUCAGGGGGGCAGACAACCUCCACACCGAGGCUCAGAUCCAGGGGGCUUUACUCCAGCUCCCUGCCCUCUACCAGCUCUCCUCCUGGGGCAGAGCUCCCACCAGCCCCCCUGGACAGGCUCCAGAUCCAGGCGUCAGUGAUACUUCCAUGGGUGGAGUGUUACAGAGGUCCAGCUCACAGUCACAUUCACCCGGAAGUGGUACCACGCCACCAGAACAGGGGUCACCCAUGGAGGGGUCAUCGCCACGGAAACUGAUUGUGUUCCACUGCGAGUUCUCAUCAGAGAGGGGCCCGCGGCUAUGUCAUUACCUGAGAGAGCUGGACAGAGCGCUCCAUGCCUCCCUCUACCCUCUGCUCUUCUACCCUGAGCUGUACCUGCGAGGGGGCUACAGACACUUCUACUCCUGCUACCCGGAGCUGUGUGAGCCGCGUGGCUAUGUUCCCAUGCUCCACAGGGAGUACAGAGAGCAGCUGGGACGAUUCAGACGGAAGACCAAGUCACGACUCCACAGGAGACUGCCGCUCUACAAGACUCACUGAUUAGACACUUGCUUGCAUACCAAGUUUCUACGGUUCCCUUUAGACAAUGGUGACUGCCACCCUUACAGUCUGCUGUCAGAUUGGAUAGAUUGGUAUCAGGUGGUUGUUGCAGAUCUCUUUUGAAAUGAGUUAUCAAUAAAGUUGUUUCAAUA